AUAAAAGUGUUGCUUCUAUUAAUGUAUAACCACAUAACAACAUCUAUGGAUUGGCAAAAUAUUCAAGAGAUUGUAAAUUCUUUGGAUUGUCUUUAUAUAAAUGUGGCAACUGUAGCAGAGGAUAAUAGAAUCUAUGAAGAAAUCUACACAACUUUUGAGAUACCUUUGGAAAAUAGCAAAGGAAAUUUCAAGGAUACCAAAUGUCCCAAUAAAAUGUUGGAAAUUUAUAAUGUGGAAAUGUUAUCAACACUUUUGGCAACCGAAGCGAGUCGAGAAGGUUUCCUGUUUUUGUUAUUCAUCAACGAAAUCACCGAUUUGUGGCCUGUGGUUUUGAACGAAAGUAAAAACUAUUGGUCAUGGCAACGUAUUUAUAAAGUUGUCUAUAUUACACCAACACACAAACGUUUCUUUCAUCCCUUUGUAAGGGAUGUAAAUGGAAAUUUCGGUUCCUUGGUUGAUAUUGAGGAGUAUAAUAUUCAAAAAUUGUUUCACAACAUGAACGGCUAUCCCAUGAAGGUUUAUAUAUUCGAUUCAGUGUUUUCAAGUUUAACGGCUGAUGCUGAGGGCAAACGGUUAACUGGUGUCAAAGGCACCGAUGGUAAAAUAGCACAUUUUUUGGAAUCAUAUUUGAAUUAUUCAAUGCAGUUGCAGUGGCCAGAUGAUGAGUUCUUUGGCUCCCGUUUGGAUAAUGGCUCCUUCAAUGGUGCCCUGGGUCGUUUGAUGCGCAACGAAACGGAUAUUGUUUUGACUGGGUUUUUCGUUAAAGACUAUUUGGCCAAUGACAUAGCAUUCAGCUCAUCCGUGUAUAUGGACCAGUUGUGCUGUUAUGUGAUGAAAGCCAAACGUAUACCAGCCUCGAUUCUUCCACUACAUGCCGUUGAUGAAAGUAUCUGGCUAGCUUAUACUAUUGUGGGUAUACUAGCAUCAUUUUUCUGGGUACUAUUGAGGCAAGCAAAUCUCAAAUUAAACCCCAAUGAAAUGCGAAACCUCAGGGGAGCAGAUUGCCGAUGGUAUACCGUAUUCAUUGAUGCAUGGGCUCUUUGGGGGCGAAUGAUUAUUCUGCGAUUUCCCCCCUCAAAUGCUGAGCGUAUGUUUGCUAUAUCUCUGUGUUUGGUUAGUGUGAUAAUUGGUGCCUUAUUUGAUUCAAGUUUGGCCACGGUUUUCAUAAAACCGUUAUACUAUAAAGAUAUAACAACUUUGGAACAGUUAAACAAGGCAAAUGUGAGAAUAUUUUACAAGCAUCCCGCCAUUAAGGAUGAUCUUUUUACCGGCCAUAGCUCGCCAAUAUAUCAAAGUUUAGAUCAACGAAUGUUGCUGGUGGGAGAACCUGAAGAACGUUUAAUAAGCAUUAUGGCAAAGCGUGGAAAAUUUGCAGCCGUUACACGGGCCUACUCCUUAAGCCUGGUGGAUAUAUACUAUUUUAUAACCAAAAAAGUCUACAUGAUACCAGAAUGUCCCAAGGCAUAUCACAUUGCAUUUCCAAUGCAAAAACAUUCACCUUUCGAGGAGGAAAUCAAUGUGGCCCUAUUGAAAUUACUGGCCGGCGGAUUCAUUAAUCAUUGGAUAGAAAUGCAGCAAUAUGUUGCCCGUAGUCGCAUACACUUGUUUGAAGAUUACGCCGGAGAAUCGGAACAUAUAUGGAAAAUAUUAAAUAUUAACGAUUUACAGUUGGCAUUUUAUGUUUUAAGUGUUGGUUUAAUUGCUUCCUUUUUUCUAUAUAUUUGUGAGCAUAUAUAUUAUAAAUGUAAAUUGCGAAGGAGGAGAACAUGAAAAA